UUAUACUUAUUAUUAUGUAUACUUAUUUGUUUUCCUGGUUAGAUACAAGUCAGUGAAUCCAGACAAUAGCUAUGAACAAAGCUGGGCGCCUGACAACUGACACCGGAGCGGUGAGUGAUCCCUUAGAAACCUUGUUGUAUAUAAAGGUACCUAAGUAGAUCCGCAACAGCAUUCGCUCUGGUUUCGGGCCGGGGCACAGUACAGUUUUGUUAGUAAAGUGCAUGCUUAUACCAAAAAGAAAGCAUGGAUAAGAUGUCUUCAAGCAUGACGUCUAGCAUAACCGGCAUGGGUCUUGGUGGAAUUACAGGAUUGACAACUGCAAUAAGCACUCUCAGCUGUGCAAGGGAACAGCAAAUAACAAUUGGAGGGAUGGCUUCGAACUAUGUCCCAGGAUUGUCAGCGAAUUACAACAUUUCGAGUUUUUGUCAACGUCCAGGACAAAGUCGUCGUUGCCCAAUUGCCAAGGCAGGACCUACGGCCCAACCUGGCCCUGGACACUCUCUCAGCGCUGGGGCCCUCAAACACUCAUCACGGAACAACCCGAAUACACCGUACGCUCAUAAUCUCAUCUGCAAGCUGGCUGAUCAAAAUGAACGUAGACGUCUCCAGGAAACACUAGAAUUGGUUCCCCAAAGCUAUUAUUCGCAGCAACCACUUAAGGUGGAACUGACUGAAUUUUAUGCUCGUGAUAAUGGUAAAGACCACCAUACUGACCAGUAUGAGUUGGUGAAUGAUACCAUCCUUCCGAACCCGGUCUUGCGAAGAGGCCAGAACUUCUUCUUUGCCGUUCGUUUUGACAGAACCGGCGACAAGCAACAAGACAUAAUUCGAAUCGUGUUCAGUCUUGGUCCGAAACCAUGUGUUACAAAAGGAACGCGAGUUGUUUUAACCGUUAAUUGGAGCUCGCAACAAACUGUCUUUCAACAUGCCCGUGACGUUAUUGGCAUGGGAAUGGGCAUGGCCGUGUCACGUAUACAAGAAACUAGUAGUGCUACAAUGACUCCAGUAGGAACAAUUACUACUAUUAGUGCUAUUAGCGGUCCAAUAAGCGGCAUCAGAGAAACCGCGACAUAUACAUGUCGUCGUAGUUCCUUCAGCAACGAGCCCGCGCCUCAGCAGCAAAGCCCGCUUAGUCCGCACGGGGCUGUGGAACCACCACGACCACCAGUCGUUGAACGACAUAGUGGGCCACCCCAGCCGCCUUCAACUGGACGCAGCUAUGGUUCUCAUCACGGAUCAACGCAGAAUUUGGCAUCUGUUGCUCACGAGAUGGAAAAAUGGGAUUUGAGUAUUCAACGCCAAGACGGAAAUACGAUAACAUUCCAAGUCCACGUUCCAGCUUCUGCACCAGUGGGGAUUUGGAAUUGCUGGAUUCAAACUCAGAGACUGGGGCAACGUGAUAAUCGCCAAGAUUACAAGUGUGAUGAAGAUAUUUAUAUCUUAUUUAAUCCAUGGUGUCGCGAGGACUCUGUUUACAUGGACAACGAAUCGUCAAGAAAGGAAUAUAUUCUUAAUGAGCAAGGGAAAAUAUGGAGCGGCACCUGGCGCCAACCUAAAGGUCGCAAAUGGAUUUUCGGACAGUUCGAUGACGUAGUGCUUCCAGCUUGCAUCUAUUUAUUAGAGCGGAGUGGACUGGAACAUUCAGAACGUGGUAAUCCUGUUCGGAUUGCUAGAGCAAUUUCAGCUAUGAUUAAUUCUAAAGGGGAUGGCGAUGGCCUAAUGGUUGGUCGAUACGAUGGUGAAUAUAAAGACGGGGUAUCUCCACAUUCAUGGACUGGUUCCGUUGCUAUUCUCGAACGAUACCUAACGAAUGGAGGCAGGCCUGUUGAAUAUGGGCAGUGCUGGGUGUUCUCUGGUUUGGUGGUCACUAUUUGUCGAGCUUUAGGUAUACCUUGCCGAUCUGUGACAAAUUACGUCUCAGCACACGAUACGAAUGGAACCUUCACUAUUGAUAAAUUCUUUGACAAAGAUGGGAACGAAGUGCCGAAUGGUCCGGAUGAAGAUUGUUAUGACUCUUGCUGGAACUUCCAUGUGUGGAACGAUGUGUGGAUGCAAAGACCAGACUUGCCGCAGGGAUAUGGUGGGUGGCAGAUAAUAGAUGCUACUCCUCAGGAGGAAGCUGAAUCUAUAUACAAGUGUGGUCCGGCUAGUGUGGAAGCUGUUCGUCGUGGGGAGAUUGGGUUCCAAUAUGAUACACCCUUUAUGUACUCUCAGAUAAAUGCUGAGUUAUGCCACUUCCAAGAGGAAGAAUCCUCCGACUGGGGUUUUGUUAGAAUGGCAUCCAACCAAUAUCAGGUUGGAAGGAAGAUUAUCACAAAGGAUCCAAGUCGCGAAGACGACGAGGGGGACAGUGAUUUGUUAGAAAUUACUCACGAAUACAAACCCGUUGAAAGUCCUUCUCCGGAACGUCUUUCUGUUAUCGCUUCUUGUCGCGGUUUUCAACGUUUGCAACAAUAUUACGAAUUACCUGACCGUAGCUCAGAGGAUGUCGUUUUUGACUUAAUGGAUAUUGAACCUAUACCUUACGGUCAGCCCUUCGAUUGCACGAUGAAUAUUCAGAACAAAUCACCCGAAGACCGAACAAUCUGGUGUGUCCUGACAGCGUCUGCGUGUUAUUACACGGGUGCUAUUGCAGCCCGAGUGCGGAAAUCUCAAGGGGAAUUUAUUGUAAGGGCAGGCCAACGCGAGGCCCUCAAACUGAAUGUAACACCACAAGAGUACAUGGACAAGUUGGUUGAUCAUGCAAUGAUUAAGGUGCACGCGAUGGCUUUUGUCAAGCAAACGUCGCAAGCUUGGUCUGAGGAAGACGAUGUCUCACUGCACAAGCCGAAACUUCAAGUGCAGGCAAGGAGCCAACCCAGUAUUGGUCAGGAAUGUGGAAUAACUUUCAGCUUCCAGAAUCCAUUGACUGUUAAUUUGACGGAUUGCUACUUCACUUUCGAAGGGUCUGGCGUGCAGAGGCCGCGUCAGAUAAAGUUUCGUGACGUAAAGCCUGGCGAAUUCAUGAGCUACCAGGACAAGUUCGUGCCGACUCGCAUUGGAGAGCUUCAGAUUGUUGUGACAUUCUCCUCUCGGCAAAUCGACGAGAUCUUUGGCUGCACAACGGUGAACGUGCGCGGCUAGCUAGCCCCCGAGCCCCGACUGCCCUUGCACGCGUCGGGGCCGCCGCUGCACGAGGCGCUUCAACUCGACCGCUGCUAUUGGUCAUACGUAGCGCCUGACCACGUGUUUGUGCAAGAGGAAGUGCUUAUAUUGACAUCCAUGUAACAUGUAAACUUCCUCCUUAACAGGGUUCUCUCCGUCACUUACUCCAUACAAUCGUAGCCCC